UGACGAACCGUGAGAUAGCAAUCGACGAUUAUAAGAUCCACAGACUUGACCGGUUACACAAGAAAGGUGGAGGUGUCUGUGCUUAUAUCAAGAAGAAUAUUAAAGCAACUGUCUUAAAAGAUUUAUCGAAGGUGUCAGUCUCUAACUUUCAUCAACUAUGGAUAAAUCUACAAUGCCAAAAAAGCAAAUCAAUAAUAAUUUGUGUAACCUACCGACCACCUGACACUUCUCUAAAUUGUUUCGAAGAUUUGCUUAAGCCAAAUUAUGUUCAGGCUUUAACUUUGAAUAAACAGAUUUUAGUGCUCGGUGACUUAAAUUGUAACAUGCUAGAAAACGGCCAGGAGCGGAGAGCGCUAACAAAUUUUUCUACAGAAUUAAAUCUCACACAGAUUAUUAAAACUCCAACUCGAAUCACGGCGACGUCCCAAACGCUUAUUGAUGUUAUUCUAGUCUCAUCCACAGCACUUGUUCUUGAGAGUGGUGUUAUUAACACUUCUAUCAGUGACCACUUACCAGUGUACGUCCUACUAAAGUUAAAGGCCCCAAAGAUGCCAGCAUGUUAUAUUACAACUAGGAGUUAUAAAAACUAUAAUCCCUCACUAUUUUCCUCUGACCUUGUCACUAAAUCGGAUCGUCUGUUAUCCAUAUUAUCCAACACCAACGUUAAUACAAUACUCGAACCCUUCAAAGAUGUUCUUCACUCAACUCUCGACGUGCAUGCACCGUUAAAAACCUUCAAAAUUCGAAAUCGAUCAUGUCCAUAUGUCACCAAUGAAAUAAAAGAACUCAUGAAGUCUCGGGACCUACACCUCCGUCGGUUUCAACUGACACGUGAUGAAGGUGAUUGGGUAGUUUACAAAGAAUAUCGUAAUAACGUAAAAAUCAAAAUUAAAGCCGCAGCGAAGGACCACACCUUCAACGAAGUAAGAGAACAUAAACACAAUUCGAGAUCCCUAUGGAAAAUAAUUAAUAAUAUAAUUCCCUCAAAGGAAAAGGAAACACAAGUUUAUAGUAAAGAUCCAAAAACAGUUGCAGAAGAUUUCAACCUUUUUUUUACUUCUGUGGGACGGAACGCUGCUGCGACAGCCGAAAGUUUAGCCAAAGACAACAAUGUUGCACUGUCAAAUCCUCUGUCAAAUGUAAUCACUUAUCCAUCUGAUCAACUGUUCAAUUUCCAAUCCGUUACUUGUACAGAGGUUCAACGCAUUAUCAUGGCUAUGCCAAGUAAUAAGUCACCAGGACCAGAUAAAAUAGGCAUGCGUGUCAUCAAAGACUGUCUUCCAAUCAUACUGGGUCCUCUUACGCAUAUGAUAAAUUGCUCUCUAAUGACAAGCACAUUCCCUGACCUAUGGAAGAUUUCUGAAGUUAUACCCCUACUAAAAGAAGGAGACCACGAGAUAGCGGCCUCUCUCACUACUCGAG